AUUCGUUCGGGUUUUCCUCAUUCGAGAGUCUCUCUAUUUCUCGAUGGCAACCCUCACACAUCAAUGCCACGUUCGUUCGGGUUUUCCACUUUUGAGAGUCUCUCUGUUUCUUCGAUAGCAACCAUCACACAUCAAUUCGUCUCUGUUAGAUGUCAUCAUUAUUCUUUUCCUUUUUCUUCGAUCUUUACAAUUCAGAUUCGAUCAGGGUUUUUCUCUUUGUUCUUCAUUCUGGAGACCUUGGCCGAUGGAGGAUAAAACUGAAAUUGUAUUUUGGUGGAAGUGGUGACAGUGGCGAUGGUGGUGGGAAGGAUUGCAACAAUGAUAGUAGAUGCAAUUUAAUAGUGGAGAAGCAGUCGACACCAUUCUCAACCUCCACUCCUUCUCCCUCCUCUGGUAGCUCCGAGUCCAAGGCACUGUGGAAGCAAGCAGCUCAAGCAAUGGACAAGGUCGGACAUGCCGGACGAAUCAACACCGAUCGCCUCGGCGAAGCACUCUUCGUCACCGGGGCAACAAACCUCUCCAGUUGUUCGUCAACGAAAACGCCUACAUGCCUCAAUAUCUUUAAGACUUUCGAUCCCUCGGUAAGCAUGUAAUUCCACUCGUUGGCAUUCUCUUUAGUUAUGCAGU